AUGAAUAAAGAUUCAGUAAACGAACUUAAAUGUCUCAAUAAGCAUAAUGAGGAGAAGAAAAAACUAAUUGAUUUUUUGAGCAAGCCUCGCUCUGGAGUGAUCGCCAAAAAACCGUCACCACGUUUUAUCAAAACGCAUAUUCCAAUGUCUCUGCUACCUCCUCAUAUACUCGAUAUUGCUAAAGUUGUGUAUGUGGCACGCGAUCCUCGGGAUGUUGCCGUUUCAUGUUUCCACAUGAAUAGGCUUUUUAACCUGAUACAAUUUGUUGGCGAUUUUAAAACUUAUUGGAACUUCUUUAUUAGAAAUAUGAUUCUUUGGACACCAUACUUCGAUCAUUUGAAAGAAGCAUGGGAGUUGCGUAACCAUCCCAACUUGCUGUUUUUAUUCUACGAGGACCUUUCUAAGGAUUUGCCUCGCAUCGUGCGCCUUGUUGCUGACUUUCUUGGUAAAGAGUAUAAUGAUGAACAAAUUGCCGGCUUAUGCUCACAUCUCCAUUUUGAAAACUUUAAAAAUAACCCUUCUGUCAACAUGGAUGAAAUGAAGGAGUUGCAUUGGUUAAAUCCAAAUGAAACUUUUAUUAGAAAGGGCAAAACUGGCGGUUGGCGCGAGUACUUCGACGACGAAAUGACCCAGGAAGCUGAACGCUGGAUCACGGAUAAUUUGAAAGACACUGACUUACGAUUUCCAUCCGCACAAUAG